AUGGGUCUGGCCUGCGGCAUCACCUUAGCCUUAUCCUUCGGCUGUGCGUUCGGGGGCUCAGCCAUGGGCGCUGUUUUGGGCUCUGCCAUGGGCUCUGCCAUGGGCUCUACCACAACCUCUACCAUGGGCUCUGCCGUCGUGGGCUGCGACUGGGGCGCUUUGGGCUGCGCCUUGGGCUGCUCAGCCGACUUCACCUUGGGCUCCGCCCUGGGCUUCUCCGCCGACUCGGCCUUGGGCUCCGCCCUGGGCUUCUCCGCCGACUCGGCCUUGGGCUCUGCCCUGUUCCUCUCUGCGGACCCAGCCUUGGGCUCAGCUUCUGCCUUGGCCUUCUUCACUGGCGGCCCUGACUUCGCUCUCGUCCCCAAGCAAGGUGUGGAGAGUCCCGGAGGCCGGUAG